CACCACACGCUCUACUUGAUUUCGCUUCGUCCGACAGUACAAAACGUCCUCUGAUUUCUGAACUGAUGACAUCUCCAAUGGUGGCGGAGGGAGGCGCCGUGGCGGCGUUCCGGUCGGUGAUGCAAAGAGUCCAGCAGGCGGCGGAGAGAGCCGGCUCCAGACCCGACCGGAUCCGGGUCGUGGCGGUGUCCAAGACGAAACCCGUGUCUAUGAUUCGCCAACUCUACGACGCAGGUCAUCGAUGCUUCGGCGAGAACUACGUCCAAGAAAUCAUCGAGAAAGCUCCUCAGCUUCCACAAGACGUUGAGUGGCAUUUCAUUGGGCAUUUGCAAAGCAACAAAGUCAAAUCACUUUUGAGUGGAGUUCCAAAUCUGGCCAUGGUUGAGGGCGUGGACAAUCAGAAGAUGGCAAAUCAUCUUGACCGUGCAGUUUCAACCCUUGGAAGAAAUCCUCUGAAGGUUUUGGUGCAAGUAAAUACCAGUGGAGAAGAAUCCAAAUCUGGUAUUGAUCCUUCCAAUUGUGUUGAGCUUGCAAAACAUGUGAAAUUGAGCUGUCCAAACCUAGAGUUCUCUGGCUUAAUGACAAUUGGAAUGCUAGACUACACAUCUACUCCGCAGAACUUUCAGGUUUUCUUUUUUGUGAAAAAUCAGACCCUAUCAAAUUGCAGAACUGAAGUUUGCAAGGCCCUUGAAUUGGACGAGGAGCAAUGUGAACUGUCAAUGGGCAUGUCCGGUGAUUUUGAGUUAGCGAUUGAGAUGGGUAGUACUAAUGCGAGAAUUGGGUCCACAAUAUUUGGGCCAAGGGAGUAUGCAAAGAAACAAGAAUAGUAGGAAGAUAAUAGUAGGAAGUUGCAAUCACUCUCUCUGUUUGCCUCUAAAACAGACAUGGAUACAUGCACACACAGAUCUUCAGAAUUGUAUUUUAUUCAUUUACUGUUGUAAUUGAUGUAAUACUGUUACCAAUAAUUAAGUUCAUAGUUGGCCUCUAUACUAAGGGCAAACCA